AUGUCUUUUCCGGCGCGAUGUGCUCGAAUGCCCAGCGGCAGCGAGCAGCGGCCCAUAGGUCGCGCCUCCCUCGAGGCUGCCACGGGUGCGGGGCCCAAUAAUAGCUCCAAUAAUGAUACGACCAUGCGAGACUCUGCUCCUCCGCCCAUCCCGGAGCGGUCCCUGGCCAGGCUGCCCACUCCACGCCCGCAGCGCUUCCAAAACAUACGGGAAGCGCAUACUCACAUUGUGCAGUCGAGGCACGGAUCGCUGAGUGGGCCACCAGCAGAGCCCUCCUUCGAAGUCGAGGGCGAGGGAGACGCCGCGGUGCUGGAUGAUGCAGCGAUGACGAGGCCCUGGAACUCCGUCACGCCCUCGACACCACCUCCCACGCCGUCAGAAGAGGAUACCAACAACAACGACUUGAGCACGCCCCUGGAUGUGCCCACCCUCCUCGAGCACUUUGCCCAGACCUUCUGCCUGCGCGUGGAUCAGGACGCAAUGCCGCCCCCCCUCAACCUGUCUCGACUCGCGACCUCGUAUUCCCCUCUUUCGCCGUCGCAGCAGCAGCAGACUUCGGCCUCCGCCUCCCAGCAGUACUCCGACGGCUCGAUCGCGCGCAUCAUCGCGCAGUACGGCAGUCACUCUUCCUCCCUGCCCCGCCUCGAUGAUAAUGGCGACCAGGGAGAGGCCGGCGAGCGCCACCGGCAGCAGCACGCCGCCUCCGCCCUCGACGCGCUGGACCAUGUCAUCGACACCGAGCUCGACCAUUUCAUCGGCCAGAACCAAGACGCAGCACAGGCCAACAACAGCACUGUCCCCAUCAUGCGCAGCGUAGUGUUUGCCCAGCGCUUCACUACUGGGCGGAGCGCCACCGCCGUGGCUGCCACCACUCCCAGGUUCGCCGCGGCUGCUGGGCUGGCACAUCGUUCCACCACCACCACCAAUUACGCGUCGCCUCCCCAUGUCGCGCUGCCCAUUCUGCCUGUGUCGGUCAACCCUACCAACGCCGCGUUGCCCCGACGACCAGAUCUCGUCGUCGCUGCUGGUGUUGGAGGUGUUCAUCUUCCUGUCGCUGCAGGUGAUGGUGAGCUGUCUCCACGCAGGCCGUUGCCAUCAUCCUCUUCGUCAUCGUUAUCAGAGGUGCCGAUCCUGCAGAGGUAUGAUGACUUCACUGAUGACGAGCGCAAUUAUGCCACCAGCUCUGGCAUUGCUCGCGUCGCCGAGCCCAAGAAGACGAAGAAGAAGGUUGGGCCGAGGAGAGAAGGCACGCCAGAGGCGUCAGGCAAUGUCGCACAGCUGGCACCUCCGCCAAGCAGGAUGCACUCCAUGAGGCAGCAGCAACAGCAGCAGCGGCACAGUCACCAGAGCGCCUCGAGCUGCUACAGCAGCGCGGUAUUGUCUGAGGCGUCAGACCUGGAGCCGUUCCCAUACGCCAGGUACGAGGAACAGCAGCAGAAACAGCAGCGGCAGUCUUCCUUGUUCCUUCACCCCUCCAGGGAGCGUGUGGUGUCGGCAAACCUGCGACAAGUCAGCGGGCUGCCGCGUGCAAGCCAGACGACUGUCUGGUCUGAGCAGGAGGAAGAGAAGAGAAUACCGUCUUCGAGGUUCUAUCAGGGUGGUGGUGAUGUCUUACCUGGGGAGCAGCAACACCCAGUACCAGCUGGUGGUGGCAGCAGCUUUUACGACCAGGAUGCCAUUAGGUCAAGAUGGAAGAUGGGAGGAAGUUCGAGGUCUGUUUCUGAGACAUCGUACACCAGCAUGAGAGGAGGUCCUUCGAUGCAUGGUGCAGGCUUAUCUUUCAGCAACAAUCACAACAACAAAACCCAGCAGGAUACAGCAGCUGGUGCAUACCUUGUUGGCAAGCCUUGUGGUGACAGCCUUGCAGACAACACAGACGAUGAUGAUGAGCUGCCCCAAGGUCCCCCGCCCCUUCAUGCCUUUGAGAACAGCGGACCUUUCCGGAACAAGACUUUCUUGGUUCAUCCACCCCCACCAGAACUCACAGGCGGCAACACUGCAAACUUGACAUAUCGGAGCCAUCAUGUCCUAGGUGAGGAGAGGCCUGUGUUGCUUCCUGAGGCUUCAGGCCAGCGAGGAGGACCAGGUCUGUUCCAGAACAGUACUCGAAACCUUUCCAAGCCCAGUCCAGUUCAGUCAGAUGCUGCUGCUGCUGCUGCUGCUGCAGCACAGCCGGCGAGUCGUCGAGCAUCUCUGGAGGAGCGGCUUUCCAGAUUGAAGAACCCGUUCUCCAAGUCAACCAAGAUACCCAUUCUGUUGCCUGGUAAGCAGGAGGGACGACCAAGGAGGUCCAGAUACUCUAAUCUGGGAGAGGAUGGGUAUGAGAUGACUUCUCUCCCACCACCUGUAACGCCUCGUGGUCCAUCUCAGCAGCAGCAGCAGCAGCAGCAGCAGCAGCAGCAGUAUGGUGAGAAAUUCCUAAUCCCCUUCCCCAACCCUGGAUUUGUUCCUGUAACUGGAUCUGACAAACAAGUAUCACCAGGACCAUAUGAGAACCGAGGAGACGUCUACAAUCCCUAUUUCGACUCCUCUUCCAGCCCGCCCGCCGCUCCUGUCCCCCGCCCAAGAAGAUCCACCGUCGAGUCCUACAACGAGUCCACCCACACGAGCCUGGCCCAGUCGCCCUACCUGGACCUGAUAGGCCUCUCCGAGGCCCAAGCCCGAGCAGCCGAGCGCCAGAGCCGCGGCAGGGACGACGAUCCCACGCAGACCUUGCGCGCACACGGCGAGGCCUGCAGGCGUGCUCUGGGCGGCAACCGCAGCUACCCGACCAACGUGAGCAACGCCGGCUCGCCGUCCGAGACGUCUUCUAGUGUUGGUGCUGGUUCUGGUGCUGGCACUGUUGCGACGCCCCCGAACGUGCGCAGGAACUUCAUCCCUCAUGGCUUUGCCAGGGGCGACUUUUCUAGUCCGCUUGCUUUUGGCAGCAGCAGUGGAGAUCAUGCCUUGCGAACUCUGGCCACACGCGACGACACCCACCCAACCAUCGGCACCAUCACCGGCUCCGACAUGACCAUCACAACCAUCACCCACGCCGACGGCACCCGAAAUUUCGAAUUCCACCCCCCACCCCGCCUCCACCGCUGGGACGAGAUCCGCCGCUGGGGUGGCGGUGGUAGCAGCGGUGCCGCCCCGCGCUCCACCGACCCCUCCCUGCAGCACAUUCAGCACUUUGGCGAGCGCGGAUUCCGGUCCCUGCACCGCCGCGGCCGGGAUGAGGAACAGCAGCGGCGGCAGCAGCAGUACUGGCUGUCUCGAGACGCCGACGAGCAACGCAGGCUCUUCUUUGCAGGUACGCUGCUGGUCUCGACGCUGCCGUUUAUUGCGCCGAUCGCGCUCUGUGGUGGCUUCAACAGCGCGCUGUCGUGGUUCACGCGCGGUCAGGUGGAUGGGUUCACCCCGACACAGAAGCGCUGGCUGUUUGUGGAGAUGAUUGUUGUCUUGAUGGUCACUGUUGCUGUGGUUGUGUGGGUCGCCUUGCGGACUGCGGUUCAUCACUGA